AUGUCGAACCUUGGAGCUCCCGUCCGGCACAUAGAAUCGCUGAUCGACCCGUCCAAGAAGGUAAAUAUAGACCACGAUAAUCUCGAUCGUGAAGUUGAAGAUAUAAAAGCAAGCCUUGCUGUCGUACCAGGCCGGGUCGUUCACGGGCCGGGGCGACUUGUAAUUGGUGGCAGCGCGAAAGGUCGCACCCAGGCAGAGCAGGAAAGAGGUCACGCCGAGAAUGACGAACUUGGCGGUCCAGCUUCCUUUGCCGAAGUGGUCGAUCUGUUCGCCGUUUCUCCGUGGCACCAGCAGCGUAUAUGCGAGGAUGAGGAAGGGCAGAAAGGAGAACAUCAGGAAAUAGCUCUGGCCGUACAGUUGGAUAUCGCGGUCGAUCCGGUGCGUGUUCGGGUUCAGAGUGUAGAAGCUCUGGACGACGACGCCGACACGCGGGUGGAAAGCUCGCAGGAGACGCUGAGCAUAGAGCAGGUUGAGGAUAAAGAGAAGCAGGACGCCUGCUGCGACGAAUAUCUGCGCGGCCAUUCCCAGGCGAAGAUUAUUCGGAUGGUAGGCCAGUGCGAUCCGGAGCGAGUUGGUCACGAUACGAGCCAUGCAGAAGCCAAUAGUCGCUGCGGACGGAAUGAACUUGUGUCCCCUGCUCAUGUUCAGUCGGAAUAUUGUCAUGUGGCCGGCCGCCCCGAUGGCAAAGAGGGCGAUGAAGACGGCACAGAUGGGCACAUCCACCGAUUUGAUCCAAAACGACCAACCAGACGCAUUGAUUCCAUCGAAUUGGCAAAACAUGAUCGGGUUGCGAUGAAGGCUUGUCCCGACAAUACGGGCUCUGAAGAUCGUGCACUCUGCAACGAUCUGUCGAUCCUUGAUUGUUUGCCGUGUUUGCAGGCCAGCCCGUCGGCGACUCGGGCCUCCGUUACCCCGACUCGCUCGUUGGCGGCUGCCGAAGCACCGUCACUUUAUGCAGUUUUUCAUAAAGAGCAGCUGCUAUACCGACCUGAUGUCGGUUCAGUGAGAACUUCUGUCAUGCAGGCCAACUAUAGUAAUCCAGCUGCUUGGGAUAUAUCAUUAUUACGACGUUAUAGACGUAACAGUCAGAUCUUAUUCAAAAUAGGGCUAUAUGAAUGUCAUUUCCAUUUCCAUAUGGCAAUCGGCGCAGCUGCCAAGCACGUUUACGCUCCUUGUUUUGAUCCCCGUGCUACCGUGGGGAUUACACAGUCCCAGAUCUCUUUUGCUUCUGUUUGUGCCAAGAUGCCCCAAGAUAAAGUGGAAAGACAAGCGAAGCGUCUCCGAAGCACUGUGUUCGUCAUGAACGCGCACCCAACCUGUAUUGAUUCUCUCGUCUCUCCUGCUGACCUUGCCGUUGGUAAACCAGACUUUCGGGAACGCCCGUUUUCAUGCAGGUUCUGCGACCGGUCAUACGGACGGAAAGACCUUCUUGUCCGACAUGAACGCACAUUGCAUGCGGAAGCAUGGGCCAAGGCUCAGGAGAGCAUGAAAGCCGCAGGGGACUCGAGUCGACCAGGUCGCCGUCGCCAGACGCGAAGUAGCUGGCAUAAAGACGCCCACCAGCAGUCCCCGAACAAGGCAGAUUCACAACGCGGCAUGCGGAUAAACAAUGAAACUGUCAUACAGAUCACGAGCUUCCUCCCUUCCCCUUGCGUGUCAUCGUCGUCGGAAGCAAGCGAUCAUGAGCCUGCCAACGGAGAGGCAGAACGGUUUGAUUUCAAUUUUGCUUUGGACCCGAGCUUGACGAAUACGAUCAACGUAAUACCAGGAGAAGCGGGUGCCCAGGGUCAUCAUCAAGAAAUUCCCACUGCUUACUCAUUCGAACAGCGUCCCGUUACGUAUGACGCGCAGAUACAGACGGACACGUCCAACUCAUUCUCUCGCGACGAACAUAUCCCAGUGGACCCCAACCUGACCAGGACAGCUUCUGGCGCAGAGUCACAACAAUGUCAGAGUGCUGGGUCGGAUGCUUUGAACUUCUUCUCAUUGCUGCCUGGAUCGGAGGUCGACCAUACGGCCUUUUCGAAUUAUUUGGUUGGCCUGCAAAGCCAAGCAAGUUCCCCUGAGUCUCUGGGUCGGGCUGCACCUCGAGUGCAAUGGCUACCAAGGGCACAAUCCGGAGAGCAGCAAGCUUCUGCUUCCACUCCAACAGCUAAGGAACAGGUCUCCGAUCAUGGGGCGUCGCUUGACCGUCUUCCUCGGCUGAUCAAGGAGCGCAAAACGAGUCCACCUCGGAUUAUCUUCAGUGAGGAUGCACGGAAGACACUCAUUGCGGACCUCAAAGAGCGGCUCUCUCCCAGCGAUCUUCUUAUGGAAAUUCCUAGCUCACAGAGUCUCCAGCGCUUUAUUGGACAGUUCUUUAAGGGGUUCAAUAGUCAUCUCCCAAUAUUCCAUAUUCCCUCGUUCAACGUCACCAAGGUUCCCAGUCCGUUACUCUUGGCCAUGUGCUCCAUUGGAGCGCUCUUUCACUUGGAGAGGCACACAGCUAGUCAGCUACGAGAAUUGGCCAACGAAGCGCUACAUCAAACGCAGUUGAAGCGCUCAAAUCAAAGCCCAGCCGAAGCACGACCUCUGUGGGAAGUUCAAUGUAAAUUGCUUAUCAUUGCUGAAGCUGCUUUCGGUGGUGACUGCGCAGCAGUAUCCUGGGCUCUGGAAAACAUUGGCAUCUUUCAUCGCGAGUACUCGUUACGAAGAACCGCUUUAUCCUCAACUACCCCGGGCUCGGACUCAAUGAACUGGACAGAAUGGAUUGAACGAGAGUCGUCUAAACGCCUGCUGUACGGAAUAUUCGUUGUAAGUAGUCUCUUAACGAUUGCGUACAACGUUUCGCCUUGCGUGUCGACGACCGAUGACCUCAAGAUUGAGAUGCCGGAGGAGGAGCGGGUGUGGACAGCACCGGACGAGGAACGUUGGAAGGAAGCCAUGGCAACAAGAAGAACUGUUAAGGGUUUAGAUAUCAACCAGGCUCUCACCCAACUGAUCUUCGGUAAAGAAUUCAACUUGGGUUCUGAAAGUCGAUGGCCUGCUUUUGCAACGACAAUCAUCAUGCACGCCGUCAAUAUACAUAUGUGGCAUGUGACGCAGUGUACGCAGUCAUUCAUGAAUUUCUCUGUCGACCCGAAGAUGGAAGAGCAAAUGAAGGCCCUCUGCACUGCCCAGACGGAGGAGUCACUUGCCAGAUGCCACCGGCUGCUGACUCGGGACCGCUCACCAGAAGUUGGGCACACAUGGGAUGAUGUCGAAGGGCCGUUAGUUUUCAAUGGCCUGGCCUUGCUCCGGAGUUGCUAUGUUCGGGCAUUUACUGGGAGUGGUACCUUUAAUCGCACCAUGCUCUUCAGCAACGAUGACGAUGCCAUCAUUCGCGCUGCGAAGGACUAUGUCCAGAUCCAGCAAGUCAGGACACCCUUUCUCACCAGAGCGGUUGCUCAGGUAUUUGCUGGUCUGUUGACGCCCAUUCGGGCGGGACAUAUGCUGGUAAGGAAGACGGCCGCAUUUACGUGGAGCAUAGAGCAUGCCAUCUCAGCAUGGGACUGUGCUCUUUUCUAUACCAAAUGGGUUCACACCAUCGAGAUGCAACAACACUAUGCUCCUCCUGACGAAGCAGAAAAGAUGAAUCUGGACAACCUUGUCGAGCUCUUGCGCGAAAUAGAUGAUGCUGAGACUGGGAGUAACUCGUUGGCCGCCGAUGUGACGAGGACGUGGGCGACCUUUCUUGACGACACCUGGACGUGGGAAGGUAGUCAGCCCUUCGUCUUUCUGGAAUUACUGCUGACAUGGAUUCUCUGCAGUGACGUGGCGCAUGGGGAAAGUGCUUCGGAAAUUAGCUGA